AUGAUUGAUGAAAACCUUCCUACGUUCUUUCUCAAGAGCAAUGCCAAAAACACGCACCAGAGUCCAAUCUACUACCGUCAGAAUGGAAACGAGGCUGAACCCGCCUACAACCUCCGGCAUCUGGAUCCGAGCCUCCCCACAUCCAAGAACCAUUACGGCGUCGCCCUCUACGAUCCCUAUGUGCCGGAUAUUGUUUAUGGUGAAGUCGCCGUGACUCCAGAAUGGACCCAACCGACCCUAUCUGCCGAUGUCAUCCGCGCAAAUGGAGGCGUCGUGCCGCCUCCCGAGCCCAUCCUCCCGACCGAGUUUACCGUUCAGCUCUACAAUCCCGACCAGCAGAUCGUGAUCAAACACAAGUCCAAGUCGUGGAAUAAGCCGGCGCGAUGGGAGUUUGAGAUGCCCCAGCGCACCUUCAGGGUGCCAUCUAGCUCGACCCUCGACCAGACCCAGAGUGAUCCCGCAGCGGCGGACAUCACCCCCAAGCUGCGGUUCAGCUGGCGCAAGGACGGCAAGCUCUCAAAGGAUCUGUCUUGUCUGUUGCAUGGGAAAUCCACCACCAUCCCGGACACGCGGACCAAGACUCGGGAACCGGAUAUCACAGUGGCAUUGUUUCAGGGCCUUCGGGAGCUGACCCUCUACGAGCCCAAUUUAUAUCGGGUGGAGAUGGAGGAUUUCAAGGGUCUUGAGGUGGUCUUGUUGCUUGCAGCUGUAGCGAUUCGGGAUAUUUUCUUUGGCUCAGUGAAGGAGACCUUUCACAUUGUCGCGGGCUCCCCUUCUGCCAUUCCUAGUAGUUCCGGUAGACCCGCGAUCGGAGGCGUCUCCGGUCAGAAAAUCCCUGGAGCCCAGGAUUCAUCAUCUUUACCCUCGUCAUCAUCCCCCAAAUCGGGCGUGAAAGUUGGCGCCGGUGCCAAUAGGAGACCCUCACCACCACGGCUGGUCAUUCCUCAGUCCUCGUCAUCCGCCACUCCGGCCCGUCCUGGACAAGACACCCAAGUCAUGAAAGAAGAGCAACGGACACAAGAGCUCCUGGAGGCAGAGAAACGCGCCUCCGAAGAAGCCCAGCGCCAGCGACAAGCCGAGAUUGAUGCUGAAACAGUGCGUCUUCAGCAAUUAUACGGUCAAGAGGAACAACAAGUGCGCGCUAGAAUCCAGUCCAACAGCAAUACCCAUGUCCAUCACACAGACGACGUUCCCUCCGAGCGCCCGCUUUUACCAGCUCGUCAAACGGGCCCGUCGAGAUCGUCUCACAGCCACACAAGCUCUUACUCGUACAUCCCCCCGGCACAAUCCCAGCGACGUCCACAAAAUGCUUCAUCUACGAGGUUGAAUGGCCCAUACAUGCCCGGCUCUGUGGCCGCGGGACUUGAUCCCCGAGCUCAAUCCACAAUCAAUCUCAUGCCCCCUCGAACCCAGCCCACAAGACCUCAAUCGACAGUGGGACUCCCCCAAUUUUCUAAUGGGACCCAGGCGCCAGGUGGAAGACCGCAGCAGCCGCAGACACAGCCGCAGCAGCAGCAGCAGCAGCGGCCCAACCUGGCACCGAAGAAAAGUAGUCUCUUUGGCUUCUUGCGGCAGAAGGAAGAGGGCCCAUCGAAGCCGAGGAACAAGUUGGACAAAAAACGAAGCUCGAUGUUUUAA